UAACUUCUGUUCAUUCGUGUAGUGUAAGCAUAUACCUAAAUAAAAUACAUUCAUUUGAUAAUGCUUGAUAACUUCAUUACAUUCUUCUUACAAGUAAAUCUACUAUAAAAAAAAAGAAAAAGAAAUAUUUAUAUAUACAUUUAACCAUUAUUUUAAUUUGAUUUGCAUUGCUAAGUUACGAGUGAACAGUUGUAGAAAUUUUGUUGUACCGAGUGAAAUAUAACCUUUAAAUCGUUGAAGAUGAUAACAAAUGGUUGUAGUAACUUUUCUCAAAGUAAUCGAGAAUUAUGAAAAAUUUUACAACAAAGCAACUCCAACGAUUAGAAAAUAAGAAGAAGAAAAUGGCUGCUCUUUUAGAGAUUAUUAAAUUGAAUGAGAAAGACAGAGAAGUCAAAAUGCUUGCUCUUAAACAAAUUGAAACAGGACAAACUAAUUCAGUGAAUCACUUGGAUAAAAAUCAUGGAAUAUUAAAUGAUGAAACCUCAAAUCGUAAACGAUUAUGUUGUACAGCAUUAGACGAAACUCAUGAUGAGAGAAAUAAUGAAAUAAAAGACAAAGAUCAUAGUAUUAAAGAAGACGAUGAAUGUACUACUAAAAAGCCUAGGUUAUUUGGAGACGAUUAUGAAGAGUUAAAAAAAAAAUUAAAAGAAAACAAGAAAAUACUUCAAAAUAUACCUCGAAUACUAUUAAGAUCAGCUGGUUUUGAUGCAAAGUUAUAUGAUGGUUAUGAAUUUGCAAAUAGAAUUCCACUUUUUUUCAGUGAUAUACAACAUUUGUUAUUAUAUUCAUUACUUGGUCAUCAUUCACCAUAUACACCAGCACGAUGGUGUCAACUUGAAAAAUAUAACAAGGUCACACAUACUAUAGUUUUUAUAGUUGAAGGCCUUUCAUUAGAUCAUUUCGUAGGUUAUCGAAGCAUAUUUUCUCAUAUAACAGAUGAUUUGGAGUUUCGUUUCGAAAUGAUGACACCAGCAGCAUAUAAUGGUUCUAUAAUAGAAGAACUUGUAGCAGUGCCGUUAACCGGGACACAAAGUGACAAAUUAAUUAAACAAUUUGGUUCUUUAGAGAAUGCAUUACGAAGUACAACUGAUAUAAUACACUUAUUAAAAAAGGCAUUCCCUAUGAAUAUGACUACAACAAAUUCUACAAAUAGAGACAAUAAUCUACCUCCUACUGAUAAAUUUUCUAGGACACAAUUAUUACUGUCUUUACAGCAAAUGGUUGAAGAAAAUUAUCCAGUACCACUGAAAGGAAAACUAUGGGAAAAAUAUGGUGACUACGUUUUCACAAAAGAUAAUUACACUGAGGUAACUGCAAAAUCACCUAUGUUCGCUUUGGAUUGUGAAAUGUGUAAAACAAUUACUGGAAAUUUGGAACUUACAAGAAUAUCUCUUGUUAACGAAAGCUUUAAUGUUGUUUAUGAGACUCUUGUUAAACCUGAUAAUAAGAUUAUCGAUUAUUUGACUCAGUACAGUGGUAUUACAGAAGAAAUGUUAAGUAAUGUUACUACAACGUUAACAGAUGUACAAGAAACAUUAAGAAUGUUACUUCCUGCAGAUUGUAUCCUUGUAGGACAGAGUUUAAAUUUUGACCUACAUACACUAAAAAUGAUGCAUCCAUACAUCAUUGAUACAUCUGUGAUCUUUAAUAUUACCGGCGUACGACAUCGAAAAACCAAGUUACAAGUUUUAGCUAAAAUAUUUUUAGAUAUGUCUAUACAACAAGGCAGUAGUGGUCAUUGUUCAACAGAAGAUUCAAUAGCCUCUAUGAAAUUAACACAGUUAAAAUUAGCUAAUAGUAUAGGUUAUGGAGAUUGUGUUCAACCUGUGUUACCUAAAGAAUUGGAUGAACAUACAUUAAAAGUAGAAACUGGUAAUCAAAUUAUAUCUCAACGAAAAAUGAAAAAAUUACGAAUUGAUAAAUAUGCUAUAUCCAUAUUUAAUUAUAUAGUUAAAGAACAAAGGACUGCAACUAUUAUUGGUACUGAUCAAAUUAUAAAUGAAUAUUCCAAAUAUUUCAAAACAUCUUCAUUGAACAUUAAAAAUGAUGAAAAUUAUAAUGAGGGUGAUCAGAUACGUCUGGUGGUAGCUGAUAAUGACAAGCAAGCAAUAACGCGAGCCUCUGAAAUAGCAUUGCAGCAUGAAUUUAUUGUAUGCCAUGUUAAAAUAACGGAAAAACAAUUAGAAGAUGAACACAUUAAAGAAACGUGUUGUACUGUGAAUAAAUGGAUACACAAGCUUUGGCAACAUAUAGCUAUAAAUAGUCUAGCGUGUGUUAUAUUUAAUGAUCAAAAAAAUGUUUGCAAUGGAGCUUGUUUUUUAAAUGUGAAAAAAUGUGUACCGGAGAAUGUGUGAUCUGCGUGUAAGAAACAGAACAAAACAAAAUGGAUUCAAAGCUAUUCAUAUAAAAAA